ACAUCUUUAUGCCAGUAAAUUUCUAUCCUUUAUUCCUUUUCCUAGUAAUUUUGUUAUAGCCAUUACCAGUAUUACCACAUAAUAGAAUCACAAAUUUGGGAUUACUAGUUUUUGAUAGAAUCACGAUAAAAAAAUCUGUGAAAGAAGAUAGACUAGUACUAGUUACUAGUGUUACUACAUUAUUUUUACAUCCCCCUCAUUAAUAAUGAUGUGAUGAGUUUCAUCAAUUAAAUCAAUUUCAACAAUGUUUAUGGUAGAUGAUUUUUAAAGUUAACCUAAAAAAAUAACUAAUGAAAUUACAAAAAUGCUUAUAUCUCAAAAUUAGGAUAACCAAAGUAGAUAAACAAAGAGAAUAUUGUCCUUCGCAGAAUACGUGCAGGAACGUAUUUAAAAAUAGUUGCAUUGUGCAGCUAUUCAAAAGAACUCUGCAUUUAUUGUUGCUGCUGAAUGACUUUGACGAUGGAACUGCCAAUUGAAUUAAUUGAGAAAAUUCUUCUCAAAUGCGACGGAAAAACUUUGAGAACUGCAAGAGAUGUGAGUUAUAAUUGGAAAGAUUUGGUAGAAUAUUUAUCAAAAAAAACAUCCAUUUGGAAAUGGUGCUGCAAUGAAGAGAUUCCAGAGAAAGAACUUGUUGAUUAUGUGGACAAAUACGAUAGAUCUGAUUCAGAAAAGUGGAAGAAAAUAUAUAACAAUUGGUCAUCCUGGCAGAACUUACAAGAAGAUAUCAGAUAUGUAAUUGUGAGCAGUCCAGCUGAAAUUCCUCGUAUUUCUUGUAUAACAGUUUCAGGUCGCUUUAUUGCUGUUGGUUCUGAAGAUGGAAGAGUCAAAAUCUUCACAGAACAUUGGAAACCAUUUUAUACUUCACGUCAUAAAGCAACAAGAGUGAAAAAAAUCAGCUUUAUUGAUUGGGAGAAUAAUGAUACUUGUUGUGUUAUUGCUUAUCCUAGAGCUCUAGUUAUUGACUGUUUCAAUGAUAAUAAUACAUUUAUAGAGGAUGUCAUUAAUCACAGUGUAUAUAAGAACUAUAUUUGUUUUGAAAAGGCAAGAGGUAGAAUAAAUAUAGUUAAAAUCCAUCAUGAUGGCAACACCAAUACAUUAAUUCAAAUAUGGUUCUCCAGAAUCUAUUCUUCCCUUUAUCCAAAUUGCUUAAAUAUAUGGAAUGGAAUAUGUACCAUUGUCAUCAACAAUGAAGUGCAACAAUUUCAUUAUAAUACUGGUGAAGAUAGUGUUCAAAUGGGUGAGCUUAUCAGAAAAGCAAAGCUGAAAACUAGUCUCAGUUUGACCUCCAGAAUAACAUAUCAGAUUUUAAGAGAUGAUAUCAUUAUAGCAUUAGAUACACCAAAGGAGAGAGAAAGAACUCUUCAUUCAGUAGCUAUAUCAAAAAAAAAAUCCAAAGUAGGACCCUUUGAGGUCAUAUCCAAUAAAAUACUGUGGGAGAUCAUAGGGAAGAGUUAUCUAAACUAUCAGGAAAGGCCAGUUAAUGCUUAAAUAAGUGGAAGGUAUUAGAAGGAUAAUAUUAAAAGAGCAUUGAUAACAAUAGAAAAACGGGUAGGGAAGUAGGAAUUUUUAAGUUCGAAAAAAAAUUUGAUGAAAUUACGUCAAAAAAAAACAUUAGACCUAUAUACUCUUAUCAAGCACCAUUGUAUAUCCUCUUCAACACCAGAUUUGGUUAAUUCUUGUACUUCCACGGAAAUCCAUUUUGAAUCUAAGAACAUUCUGGUAAAAGAAGUUUUAUGUUUGAUGUUGGAAAGGAGAAACACUUCUUCUUACAAAAAAAAGUUUAUUAUUUAUUGGAGACGAAAAACGAGUUUGAAAGCUACUAUAAAUCAAAAACAAAUAAGAAGAGGAAAAGUUGGAACCCAAUAGAUGGAAGCUUGAAAUAUAAAGUUUCUUGAAGUAUGUUUCAAGUCUAAUUUUUUAGUGUAAAAUUUCCUCAAAAAAUAUUCAUUCGAAUAUUUUUUUGUACCUCAUAUAUUUACUGUUUUUUUCUUCAUUUUAAAUUUUUCAGCAAGUAUUUAAAGACUACUUUAUAUAUUUGUUAUAAUGUCUGCUUUAGUUUUUUGUCAUUCUGUACAUAUAACUUUUUAAUUUUACUCUGUUGUUUCUACCAUUUCCAGUGAUGAUU